AUGUCUCUCCACAAAGGGAGACAAGAGCCCUUCUCCGUCGUCAAUCCGGACUUUGAUCGACUACCUGUACGACGGACUACGUACGCCGUAGACAGACCCAGUGGCCUUCGACGAGUGGUCUCGGCGAGAGCAUUAAGUCCGCAUCUAGAUUCAUCUGAGUCCUUGCCCAGCGAGCAUAGUUCUCUCUACGAUGCCUUGCUGUUGAGCUACGAAUCCGAGCAUAACAACGGACCGCCAUCGAAAGGGAAGAAAGAUAAUGAGGACGGUUCGAAGACAGCCGGUGCCAACCACUUGCAAGAGCUGCGCUCUUGGGACAGCGAAAGAGCCCGGCGCCGAGACAAGCUCGCAGUGCCUUCGUUGGAUACUAUAUUCGAGAACCGGAGUGUAUCUACCCACCGAGCUGCAUCGUCUCGCUCAGGGCUGAGACAUUAUGCAUCAGUUGGCGUCUCACUGAACACAAUAUCCUCGUACUCAGGAGUUUCGUCAAGGACACUGCCCGUCCGGCGGAAUCAAUACGGAUCAAAGAUCUACUCGUUCGACGACAAUGAUAUACCCUCGCUUCGACCUAGAUUCUCUUUUACUCCUCUUGCUCCUCGUGAACGCCGCCAUUCAUGCAGCACACUUUCUUCAGAGGGAAGCUUUGACACCUUUCGCUGGCGUAACUAUAUUGUUUCCCCAGCUGAACCUACACAGCCUAUACAUCCUCCUCCACAGCGACCAAGCACUCCCCCUGGUGUUCCCUCUUUUGGCUCACCAGAAGCUCUAAACUACGACAUAUCAUCUCUCCCUAGAUCAACUCCACGAACAGGCCAAGACAACAGUAGAUCAUCACCACAAGCUAACGGAAGCCCAGAAGGCGGAGAAAGAGAGAAUGGCUCUGACGAUGAAUGCGGAUGCUGUGGAAUUGGAUUCCGGAGAGCUAUCCGCGAGACAACCUCCUAUAUCACCUAUCAGCCUCCUGAACGUCUUCCCCCGGGAGUUCUUGCAAGGGCUGAUGAUGGAACACUUAUUCGAGGGCGGUUUGGUGCUCGAGCAAGCGGACAUGGCAUUGGAGCCACUGCGAACUUAGUGAACCAUCCGUUUCACCAGAAUCACCUACCCAUUGCAAGAACGAAGGAUGCGGAUAUCCAACCACCACAGCCAGCCCGUUCAAGGUCUAGCCAUCCUAACUCCCGCAAUGACUUUGGUCUACGCGUCUCAUCAACGGGUAUUUCAAGCCCACCUUCUCGGUAUCGAUCGUUGCUUGAUGAUCACAGGGAUUUACCCGCUCCUUCUGGCCCCGUACCAGCACCGUAUUUGACUCGUACAAGCAAUCGAACGACACCACCACGGCUCAGAGAGCAGAUGCAGUAUUCACGCCCUGCAUCAACUUCAGCACCAGUUGGGAAUGACGCCUCCUCAUCCACCACUGAGAAUCCCAGUGUGGCAUCCUCCAGCAAGAGCGCUUUACAACGGCUCUGGAAUCUCGUUUCAUUAAACAUAACCAAGUGCUGCUUCCUGGGCGCUGACGACGAACACGAGGGACAGCGAGGUACAGAGAUGCAACGGAUUCCCGAGUCCUCCCACCAGGCAACCGCAAGCGUAGCAAUGGGUAGACGUGCCACUUGA